UUAGACUCAAAACAUUCUUCCACAUUCUUGUCUCACAGUCGGUAAAUUGUCUCUGCUAUCUCUUCUUUUUGCCUUCUUUUUCAAGCAUUCUGAGAAUUUUCUUGACUGUUUUCCUGAUAUUUGCAUUCAUUUAUAUGUUAAUCUGCCAUUUUCUUGUUCUAUUUGCGUAAUCGGUAAUCGAAAUGACUAAAUUUGAUGUCUCCGAUGUUUGAUUUUGCGUAAAAAAUGUCCGUAAAAAUGGUGCAGCGUCAUUGAAAGCACUAUAAUAUGCUUCCUGCUAAGAGAACGGCGGGAGGAGAGGCUGACGACGACAAACUUGUGGAAGUCAGUGCCGUCAACAUUAAUCUCAAGAAGCCUUCGUUUACUUCUGCUACUGUUUCGACUCUCUCUGGUAACGAUGACGGAAAAAGACGAUCAAGAAGCGGUGAAUCUUACUUAUCGAGAAUGGGACUCAGUGGCGUAAAUACUGACAACAAUUCUAAUGACAUUAACGAGGAUUUACACAGCCAUGAACUCGCCGUUUAUGGCAGUGAGACGAUGAGACGUCUUUCCGCUUCCAAUGUUCUCGUCUCUGGUUUGCAAGGCCUUGGUGUUGAAAUUGCGAAAAAUCUUAUCCUUACUGGUGUCAAGUCUGUGACAUUGCAUGAUGAAGGAGUUGUGGAAUUGUGGGAUCUAUCUAGCAAUUUUGUAUUUUCAAAGGAAGAUGUCGGAAUAAAUCGCACCCGUAUUUCUUUUAAGAAAUUGCAAGAACUUAACAACAAUGUUGUUGUUUCCUCUUUAACAACCGAAUUAACCAAGGAAAAGUUGUCUGAAUUUCAGGUUGUGGUGUUUACUAAUAUCAUUUUAGACAAAGCCGUUGAAUAUGAUGAAUAUUGCCAUAAUCAUCAGCCUCCUAUUGCUUUUAUCAAGUGCGAAGUAUGUGGCCUCUUUGGCAGUGUCUUCUGUGAUUUUGGACCUGAGUUUACUGUAGUUGAUGUGGAUGAUAAUGAUCCCCACACAGGCAUAGUUUCAUCAAUUAGCAAUGACAAUCCUGCUCUUGUUACUUGUGUGGAUGAUGGGAUGCUUGAAUUUGAAGAUGGGGAUCUGGUUAUAUUCUCAGAAGUCUGUGGGAUGGCUGAAUUGAAUGAUGGAAAGCCAAGAAUGGUCAAGAAUCCUCGUCCCUUUUCAUUCACUCUUGAUGAAGAUACCACAAAUUUUGGGCGAUAUGAGAAGGGUGGUAUUGUGACACAGGUGAAGCAGCCAAAAGUGUUGCAUUUUAAACCGCUAAGGGAAGCUCUUAAGGAUCCUGGUGAUUUUUUGCUUAGUGACUUCUCCAAGAUCAAUCACCAAUCUAAUCUUCAUCUGGCAUUUCAAGGAUUGGACAAGUUUAUUUCUACAUUUAGACGGUUUCCUGUUGCUGGAUCUGAGGGGGAUGCUCAGAUGCUUAUAUCUUAUGUUCAUGAAAUUAAUGAUAAGAAGGUUAUUUCUUUUGUUGAUGGUGGGGUUAAAGAUAUUGACGAGAACUUACUUCGACAGUUUGCUUUUGGUUCAAAGGCUGUUUUGAAUCCCAUGGCUGCUAUGUUUGGUGGCAUUGUUGGACAAGAAGUUAUAAAGGCCUGCUCUGGGAAGUUCCAUCCACUCUUUCAGUUUUUCUACUUCGACUCAUUGGAAUCCCUUCCCGCAGAGUCCCUGGAUCUGAGUGAUUUGAAGCCCUUAAACAGUUGCUAUGAUGCACAAAUAUCUGUUUUUGGAGCCAAGCUCCAGAAAAAGCUUGAGGAUUCUAAGGUGUUUGUUGUUGGUUCCGGUGCAAUGGGUUGCGAGUAUCUGAAAAAUCUGGCCUUGAUGGGUGUCUCUUGUGGCGUCGAAGGUAAAUUGACAAUUACAGAUGAUGAAGUGAUAAAAACGAGCAACCUGAGCAGCCAAUUUCUUUUCCGUAAUUGGAACAUUGGGACGUCAAAAUCUGUUGUUGCUGCUGCUGCAGCAGCUGCAAUGAAUCCGCAUCUUCAUAUUGAAGCUCUUCAAAAUUGUGUGAACCUAGAGACUGUGAAUGUUUUUGAUGACUCGUUUUGGGAGAAUCUAAAUGUGGUUAUAAACACACUAGAUAAUGUUGAUGCCAGACUUCACAUUGAUAAGAAGUGCGUCUAUUUUCAGAAACCUCUUCUAGAGUCAGGCACCCAUGGUGCCAAGUGCAAUACACAGAUGGUUAUUCCUCAUCUAACAGAAAGCUAUGGUUUUUCACGUGACCCCCCUAAGAAACAAGCACCUAUGUGCACUAUCGAUUCUUUCCCCCAUGACAUUGAUCAUUGCUUUACGUGGGCACGGUCUGAGUUUGAAGGUCUCUUUGAGAAGGCACCUGCUGAAGUUAAUGCCUUCCUGAACAACCCUGGUGAAUAUGCAUCUUCCAUGAGGAAAGCUGGUGAUGCUCAGGCCAGGGUUACCCUAGAGCAUGUGAUUGAACGCCUUGACAAAGGAAGAUGUGAUACCUUCCAGGACUGUAUUAUGUGGGCACGUUUGAGUUUUGAAGAAUAUUUCUCCAACCGCAUAAAGCAGUUGACGUUUACAUUCCCCGAGGAUGCUGUGACAAGUAAAGAAGUCAUAUUCUGGUCUGCGCCAAAACGUUUUCCCCGACCGUUGCAGUUCUCUGUUGAGGAUGCUGGCCAUCUUCGCUUUGUUGUAGCAGCAGCUAAGUUGCUUGCAGAGAAUUAUGGUAUUCCAGUACCUGACUGGAUCACAUUUCCUCAAACAUUAGCAGAUGCCAUCAAUAAAGUGAUUGUUCCUGAUUUCAUCCCAAAGAAGGAUUCAAAAUAUGAUAAAGAUGAGGAAGCCACAAGUGUCUCUAGUGAUUUAACGGAUGACGGUGUAGUUAUUGAACAAUUGAUUGAGAGAUUAGAGAACUGCAGAGGCCAACUGCCUUCUAGCUUUAGGAUGAACCCAGUACCGUUUGAGAAGGAUGAUGAUAAUCACAUAGACAUGAUUGCUGGACUUGCUAACAUGAGGGCUAGGAACUAUAGAAUUCCUGAAGUAGACAACCUCAAGGUAAAGUUCAUUGCUGGGAGUAUCAUCCCUAAUAUUGUGACAUCCACCGCCAUGGUCACUGGCCUUGUUUGUCUUGAGCUCUACAAAGUUUUGGAUGGAGGCCACAAGGUGGAGGACUAUCGCAACACAUUUGCCAACCUUGCACUCCCUCUCUUUACAAUGGCUCAACCAGUACCUCCCGAGGUGAUCAAGCAUAAGGACAUGAGCUGGACAUUUUGGGAUCGAUGGAUUCUGAAAGACAAUCCAACAUUGAUAGAGCUUCUCGACUGGCUCCAGAACAAGGGGUUACGUGUAUUCAAUAUCUCAUAUGAAAAUAACAUGCUGUAUAAUUUCUUGAUCCCAAAACAUAAAAAAAGAAUGGACCGAAGGCUUGUGAAUAUUGUCAAACAUGUCACCAAAACUAAGCUGCCAAAUCGUAAGCAUUUUGAUGUGUCGAUUGUUUGUGAAGAUGAAGACGGCAAUGAUGUAGAUAUUCCCAAGGUUUCGGUAUACUUCAAGUAGUUUCGUUUUUUCUAGUUGGUAUAGAAAUUAUUGGAAAGUAGGAAGCUGAUCUAACUGAAUACAAGUGUAUAGAUAAUAAAACACACUGAUGCUGAAAAUGAAAUCAUAAUCUCUUAGACA